AUGAAGAGAGCAGAAGAAGAAUCAGAUCCCGUCCCGAAUGAUCUCCUUUUCGAGAUAUUCUCGAGACUGCCUUCAAAGUCAAUCGGGAGGUUUCAUUGCGUGUCGAAACGAUGGGGUUCCUUGCUUCGUUGUCCAGAUUUCACUCAGUUGUUUUUGACCAGGUCACAGGCUCGUCCACGUCUCUUAUUUCUCCUUGAAGAAAACAACUAUCAGUGGAACAUGUACUCGUCGCUUCAGCUGCAGAAUCCAUAUGAGAAGUCUUCUCUUGUAGUAUCUGCCGAUUUUCAUACAAAGAUCCAUGGAUAUACUUAUAAACACCUUUGUGGCUAUGCCUCUGGUUUGGUCUUUUUCCCUAAUAUGUGGCUCUCAAACAGGUAUUAUGAUGUGGUAUGUAACCCUAUGACAGGACAAUAUUCGAUCUUACCUGAAGUGGAGAAAUACAAUGGGAACUGUUGGGAAAGCAAUUCAAGGUGGAUGAGUAAGAACGGUUUUCCGAGGUACAACACUUGUUGGAGUGAAGGGAUAUGCAUCAAUGGGGUUUUGUAUUACUUAGCUUCAGGGUCAACAGUUUGCCUUGAUGUUAGGUCUGAGAAAUGCAAAAUCAUCAUUGACACAAAAUGGAUUCGUAGGCCAUAUGCUACUACAUUGAUAAAUUAUAAAAGUAAAUUAGGUGGGAUUAGUUGGGAGUAUGGUAAAGAUGAUAUUGGAAGGCGUAUCCUUGAGUUGAGUAUGUGGGUUUUAGAGGAUGUCGACGAACAUGAAUGGUCGAAAUAUGUCUACACUUUGUGUGAUGAUAAAAUUGUUGAUGAGGAAGUUUUCGUUGUUGGAGUGACUGCUAGAGGUGAUAUUGUUUUGUCAAUGAAGAGGAGAACUACAUGUAAACGGUUUUAUGUUUUCUACUUCAAUCCCGAAAGUAACGCUCUCCAGAGUGUUGAAAUCCAAGGUUUUGGUGAGCUUCUUGGUAAUAUGAAAAUAUUUGUAGACCAUGUAGAUGAUAUUCUUACGAUGGAUAUUAUCAAGACAAGUGCCAUAACGGAAGCGUAA